GCGGGGAGCUCUACGAAACUCAACAACACCAACCUAUCUUGCAUAUCCUAUAAAAUAAUAUCUCGAUUUUCUGAUAGACGAACCUAAACACCCUAAGAAGCCCCCCUCAUCGGUUCUGCAUGCGGUAUCUAGCGUUUAUGACAUAGUCCCAAGGUACACUGGGUGCGUGUGAUCUCGUCGCUAAACGCUCGCAAAACACGACACUUCGCAAAUGGUGCUUGUGCUUGUGAUCGGCCCUCGGUAACGCGCAAUGGGGGUGGUAAUCACCGUAUGGGGUGUCGUCGUGGAUGUGGCCAGCUUCUGGCAGAGGGUAAACUCUCUGUUCCUCCUAUCCGUGAUACGCGACGUUGUCGUUCCUAACUAUGUCGUUGCAGAAGCUGCGGAGUUGGUACGCGCGCAAAAGCCCCGUUGAACUAUGGCUGGAUCUAUUGAGAACCGCCGAGGCCUUUGAGGACUGGGAGGAGGCCGCGCUACAUUUGGAUAACCUCCUGGGCCUUGAUCUAUGGAGGAACAAUCCAGCUUCUAAGUAUUACGACUGGAGACUCAUUGCAGAACGCCUAGACUCUCUCGCGACCGCGCGGGAAGAUGGAAACUUUCAGCAGCUCGUCAACCUGUUAAGAUCCGGCCUUGUUCGAAACCUCGGGAACAUUACCUCACCCAAACUCUACAAUCGAUCAUUUGCCGGAACCAAGUACCUUAUAGAAGAGUACAUCACACAGAUUGCCGAGGCAGUGGAAGAUAUUCGCGCCCUGCCUACAACUCCAUCGGCUAUACAUGGCACGGGGCCAUCGUUGACGACGCAGAUGAAAUUGGACUGUAUCCAUGACACAAGACAGGCUUUUGGGAGGAGUACACUCGUCCUUCAAGGUGGUGCCAUAUUUGGCAUGUGCCAUUUGGGCGUUGUGAAGGCUCUCUUUCUGCGUGGUUUACUUCCGCGCAUUAUUACGGGAACGGCUACAGGCGCCUUGAUCGCGGCUCUGGUCGCUAUUCAUACAGAAGAUGAGCUACCGGCUGUUUUGAGUGGCGAUGGUAUCGAUCUCUCGGCAUUUGCGUCCAAGAAUGGUCAUGAGAACGGGGAAACUUCAACGGCUCAGACCUUCAGGUCGCGGUGGGAAACUCUGUUGCGGAGGAUUAGACGUUUCUCCAAAGAGGGGUACUUUCUUGACGUGACUGUUUUGGAGGAGUGUGUGAGGGCCAAUGUUGGCGAUUUGACUUUCGAGGAGGCCUAUAACCGGAGCAAGCGGGUGCUGAACAUAACUGUUGCGACGGAGGGCCAGGGGGGUGUACCGACGCUCCUCAACUAUCUGACUGCGCCUAAUGUGUUGAUCUGGACCGCUGCUGUAGCGUCGAAUGCCUCAUCGCCUUCUCUCUAUGGCCACCGCAAGACGACUAUGCUCUGCAAGGACGCCCACGGCAGCAUUGUACCGUGGGCACCAGCUAACACAAUUGACUUUAGACAUUGGACUCAUACAUCCUACUCCGAUCGAGACUCACCUUUACGACGCAUUGCUGAGUUAUUCAACGUCAAUCAUUUCAUUGUCAGCCAAGCUCGACCGUAUCUCAUUCCCUUUAUUCAGUCUGAUAUGCAUGGUCCAUCUUUAGUAGAGUCACGGAGCAAGACAACACAGAUAUCUGCCUUUCUCGUACGCAUGGUUGGGUUGGAAAUAAGGCACCGCCUCAGUCAGCUGGACACACUAAAUCUCCUGCCAACCGGUAUCCGUCGCUUCCUGGUUGAUGAACAAGUCCCGGCUGCUUCCAUGGUUCUCGUGCCCGAAGUGACAGCAGGGGACUUUGUGCGAUUACUAGAAACUCCCACACGAGAGACCCUCAACUACUGGGUUCUCAGAGGCGAGAGGAGCGUGUGGCCUGCCGUAGCCGCCCUAAGAAUUAGGUGUGCUGUCGAGAAUGAGCUCGACAGGUCAUAUCAGGUGGUCAGGAAGUUUAAAGCCCCCGGCUUACGACGAAAGGGGAGCAUGGCCGCUACACUGGAGGCUGAGAGAAGAGAGCGCAAUGGUCAGUUUGGCUCAGCCGUUACGGAUAUUAGCGCGACUUGAUUACUUCAUCCAAAGUUGUUAGGACAUCGGUAGCAUGUGUAAAUACUAGCCUUUCUUAUUGAUACCGUUCACAAACAGCAAAGGGGUACUUACCUUAGCACGGAAGCAUAUGUACCUACUUAGGUAUCAUUGCCUGCGCUCUUACUCACGGGAGGAGCUUGCUGUGUCUAAGAACUGUCUUGGUUUUACCUAUUGUAUCAAUCUUCAUCUUUCUUCCUGUCAUAUCACGCAUUCGCUUUUCCCACAUCGAUCACCGUUACUCGAUAUUCGACAGCCUCAAGACAAGCAUCAGCAGGAAGCAGUCACAAAAACCGUGCCGCACGAUCACUCAAGUCAUACAAGUCGGCCUUUAGCCAUCACAGCGAAUUAAUAUAUCCCAUGCAAGAACUCGCAAUUGGCAGGAUGCAACCCAAUUUCGUGGCU